AUGGCUAUGGCUGGUACUGCGUCGCCUGUAGCGGCAGGUCCUACGCCCAUUAUCGAGCAAGCAGAGCGCUUGCGAACGCGCUUGCAACUCGCUGCCCAUGAAGCGGGCCUCUCAAACCGGGCUCGGUCCGCGGGAUUAUUGAGCGAAUCCAAGCUGGAAGAGCAAGUUUCCGAGCCUCUGAAGCGCGUCAAUGGGCCCAUGAGUCUGUAUGAGACCUUGCUGGGCGCCGACUUUAGUCCCUCUGUGAAGCGGACACCCUCAACACAGGAUCCACUGGCUACCUCACCGCCACGGACGAUACCAUCUACACCGCCACGCCGUGUGCCUACGACGCCGCCUUCAGGAACGGUACGAACGCCUAGCACAAGUGAGCGCCUCACGCGUUUGGCCUCCGCACCACAAAUGGGAUCGCCUCAUCAUACACACCCACAUAUGAGUGAUUUACACAAUCAUCCUACACCAGAUCUCCUUCGGCGCGAACAGCAGGGCGUACUAGCGGAUAGUUACGGCAUGUCACCCAAACGCCGUCGCGUGGGGCCUGCUGCAUCAAACCCACCUUUUCGAUUCCCUGCCUCGCCGCAUCGCCUUCCGAAUGGUCAUGUGGCUUCCUCUUUAGCGCAGGGACUAGGCCUGACGCAGCGGAUGACCGGUCCACCUCAGGCAUCGUCGGCACCCAUAUCGUCCUCAGGCGUGCGGUAUGGCCACAGUCGUAUCGCCUCUAUGCCUGAAUGGCCUAACGAUACAUUUGUUCCGGUGCGUGGCCAUGAUCCUGUGUCACGACCCUCAGCUAACGCUGUAUGGUCUCAUACACCCGGUGCGGAUGCAAUGGUGAGCCCUCAUCGUGGAUCUGCUUAUGCAGCUGGCCGCUCGCUCCAUCAACCUGCUAGCCAUUUGCGCACCAAUCCGGCGCAUACCCGCGCGGAGAAACGAGUUGGGCAUCAGCGAAGUAUGUCGCAAGGCACAGCCGGGCUUGGCACAUCGAUGCGUUUCCUGCAUGACCGAAGCAGUAGUAUCACUACACCGCCAGCUGCGCCACCGUCGCAGCCUGUGACGCCAAAGACGAUGCAUCCGCAUAUGAGCUAUGGUGAAUAUCUAAAUAUGAGUCCAAGUCCUCAGCCGCGCUCACAGACUCGGCCUCGACGUGGUAUGGCUGCUGAGAAUGUGCUUCGAUCGCCAACUCGUACACCCACAUCCACAUCGAAGCGCAGCAUGCCACCACUGUGGGCCCAGCCAUCGCAGCGGUCGUAA